AUGCCUGCUAAAGGUCCCACGACAAAAGAGAUUCUCCUUGACGAAGCUGAGCAAGUUCUCGGAGGAAACGCUCUUGCAACUAUUGAACCUAGAGAUGUUGAAAUUCCAGGGCCUGGAGGCCGUUCCAAAGCUUCAUUCAAAAAACCACCACCUGGAUCUGUCGUCCGAUGGGCAGUAUGGCGUAAAGGCUUCGACAGCAAUGAAGACGCCGAAUAUGCUGCUAAAAAAUUUGCUGUGGCAGCCGAAACAUGGAACGCUGCUAAUAUUGGUGUCACAUUUGAGUGGGUUCAAUUCGCCAAAGAUGCCACAUUCGUCCUUUGUCACGGUGGAGAGCAAGACGGCGUGCCUGCUUCAGCCUUCUCUCCAAAUGCCAAUGAUUUGAACUUUGUGUUUGUGUAUACGCUAGCUUUUAGCGAAGGAGUUAAGGAGAGCAUGUCUAGUAUUUUUGAGCAUGAGUUAGGCCAUGUUUUAGGAUUGCGACAUGAGUUCGCGAUGGGCCCAAAUAUGGACGUGUAUGAAGGAGGUGCUGAGCAAUUGGGGCCACGAAAUGAGCUCAGUGUUAUGAAUUAUGGUCGGAGGCCCCCGCAGAUUCAACAGAGUGACAUAGACUCUACCAGGAAGUUUUAUCAAUUGAAGAAGGAUCAGAAUGGGAAACCCCGAAGAGUUGGAAUGACUCCCGUGAAAGACUACAAGCCAAUGUAG